GUUGGUAAAUGAAUCGCCCAUCAUCGGCCACAUUUUCUUCCCAAACAACCCAGAAAGUUACAAAAAACACUUCUUGGUUAUCUUAUCUAGCAGUACAAAUAUGGGGAAAUUUAUGAAACCUGGUAAGGUGGUACUUGUCCUUGGUGGACGAUUUGCUGGCCGCAAAGCAGUUAUCAUAAAGAAUUAUGAUGAUGGUACAUCAGACAAACCAUAUGGCCAUGCUCUCGUAGCUGGUAUUGACAGGUAUCCACGAAAAGUUACUAGAGAUAUGGGAAAGAAAAAACUAACACAGCGUUCCAAAAUUAAGAGCUUUGUCAGAGUAUAUAAUUACAAUCAUCUUAUGCCUACACGUUAUUCAGUUGAUGUCAAUAUUGAUAAAUCUGUUGUAAACAAAGAUUGCUUCAGAGAUCCAUCAAGGAAGAGGAGAGCAAGGAGGGAGGCAAAAGCAAAAUUUGAAGAAAGAUACAAGACUGGUAAAAAUAAGUGGUUUUUCCAGAAACUUCGCUUCUAAAUAUGUAUAUGUAAGAUGAUUUGUUUUAUGUACCAACGAUAAGAAAAUAAAGUAACUUUUUGUUGGA